AAGAUCUCAAACGGACCAAAAUCCUGAGACAAUAAAUACAAAUCACUCAGCCACAGAGGAUCGGCCCGCUAGAAAUGAACAGGACCUAAGCUCAGACAUCUGCAAUGCUGUCUGGCAUGUUGACAAAGCCAAGUCUACAGGGGACCCCUGGAAUGCUCAGCCUUGAUAUCCACCACUAGACCAGAUCAGACAUACGACAUUCCUCUCAGUGCGGUCUAGACGGGAAUCCUACGAUCCUUCGAGGUCAUGGAUUCGGUAUAUAACAAGCACGCCAAGUCGCGAUGGACUUGGGCCAGGAAUAUCCUUAGAUCUCACCAUGCAUAUUGCUUCCUACGUCUCCGUUGCAUUCACUGUGCUUGGCCUCACGGCUGCCUCACCUAAGGGAUGCGUUACUAAACGAUCUCCCGAGCCGAAGUUGGAGAAUGGUCAUUACAUUGUCGACCGCGCGACAAAAUUCGCUAAUAAGAAGGUUUGGACCUUUAAUGGGAAGAGUCUUCCUGAGGGUCUUUACUCGAGCGAUUAUCAAGUUGGAAAGACCCAUGUUUUUACACCGUCUGGGGUAAAAGUCCGCAAUGGGUAUCUUGAGUUGACCGUCCCGGGUGGACAAAAGUCUAAGCCGUACAAGGCUGCCGAGGUAGCGACUGAGAUUGAGAACAUCAAGUACGCUUCUGUCCGAACAACAGCUAUUCUCAGCGAGCCUGCAGGUGUUUGCAACGGAAUGUUCUUCUACCAAUCCGACAGCCAAGAGACCGAUAUUGAGUGGCUCUCCGAUCCCAAGUCCGAGUCCAACUACGACGGUAUUCGUAGACUAUGGUUCACGAACCAAGACAACGAUGGCGACGGCGAACCAUCUCACAAAGACGUCCUUCCUCCUGCGAAUCCCACGAGUACCGAGCACGAGUACCGCAUUGACUGGACCAAGGGUCUUGUUCAGUUUUACGUUGAUGGUGUGAAGCAGUGGUCUACCAAGAAGGAUGUUCCCAAUGUGCCUGGACCUUGGAUCUGGAAUAAUUGGUCUAAUGGUGAUAAGGGCUGGAGUUCUGGACCUCCGAAGCAGAAUGCUGUGUUUAAGAUUAAGAAGAUUGAGAUGUACUAUAACACUGCUUAGAAGGUGUUUGGAUAGGUGCUGGGUUUUUGAUUCUGUUAAUACUUGCAUUUGGGUUGGUAGCCUUGGAUUGGAGAAAAUAACACGAUAGAGUCAAGAUACGUUGCUGUGGGAGAAGACCGACCGCUCCUUCAUGAAUAUUGCUGCCCUUCUUCUCACCUCGCUGAUGAGCAAGAUCGAUUCUUUAAUGCCUUUGAUAUCGAAAGUUGGACCAGAGAGGCGUAGCAUCUCAACGUUUGAUGGAUCUUAGUCCCGAGCCAUGUACGAGUCGAACUCAGCC